GCUGUUUCGGGUUUAAAAGCAACGGGUUGUUUUGAACCUCAUCGUUAUUCAUCCUUCUUCGAUCGGACUUCGUGACGCGGUUUCCCAAUAGCCAGAAGAAAUCUCAGUGAUGACUUCGCCUAAUGAUAAAGAGACGUCAUAUGAUGACUACAACUAUGAGGAUUUCGAGUUAUCCGACUCUGAACAGCCCCAUUCACUUUCAGCUCUCCCCGAUGAUGGACCUGUGAUCGAUGUGUUGGAGGAGCCAAACGGUCUGCUCGAAUUCCGCUCUCAGGCCUCCGUAUCUCCGUUGCGACAGGAAAUAUCGAGCGAAAACGAGUUAGUUCAUAACGAUGCAAGCGGUAAUAUUGACGAUGUCAAUCACUGCAAGUGGCAACCUCCGACACCCCUCUCUCAGGCAGUGUUUCCCUCACUGGAGGCAAAUGAUAAGACUAGAGUUUCCAUAUGCAAAAAACCGUACAUGAAUGAGGAGGAAUGGGGUAUGGAUGAGCCAGAAAAGGAGGCUUUCCGCGUUUUUGUUCUCGAUCAAAGCAAGUUAAUUAUGUGGCUCGCUCAAAGGCGCUUGAUUUCAAAUGAAUCUUACUGCACCAACUGUCCCCGACCCGUCGCCAUGGGGUUAUCAAGGGAGAUAUCACACACUGAUUUUUAUGUCUGGCGAUGUCGAAAGUGCAGCCGGCGUUUUCCAAUUCGUUUGCGUUCUGUCUUCGAUCGAAUUAAGUGCUCCAUGGAUGUGCUGGUUUACUUGAUGUAUAUGUGGUCCCAGGGAUCCACGCUCGACGAUAUGUGUAGUGAGACAGGGGCUUCCCCUGCAAUUGUUUCUCUUUUCAUCAAUCGUCUUCGUACUGUAUGCAGUUGGCAAUUGAAACGUGAAACGGAUCGAUUGGAGGGCGUGAUUGAGAUUGCCGAAGGGGCUUAUUUAGAUCCACCUCGAAUCUGUGCUUUGGCCGGUGUAGAGAGAUUUGGAACUAGGUGUUUUUUAAUUCGUUUACCACAGGAGCGCUGCAAUCAGAAAUUACUGAUUCGUUUCAUACGCCAUCGUGUCAAGGUUAGCGUGUUGUCCCUAUGUCGUAACAGUUUUUCCGUAGCCCGGAUCCACUAUAAUAACAAGCGAUUGGCCCGGUUACAAACCACUUGGGGAACUUCCUGAAGGCUACGCUCACCUUGUGGCUGAUCCCGAUAGAAACGUGAGCAUUCAAAAAGCGGACAAUUUACUGGAACAGUUAGCGCUUUUCAUUGACGAGUUGCAGACUGAUUGUCGCGAGCAGUUCAGUUCCAUCUUAGAUGAAUUCGUUUGGCGCAGACUUCCAAACCACAAGCGAUUUUCUAAAGUGUGUUUUAUCCUCUCACAACUUUAUAACGUAUCAUAAUUCGUGUACCGCUUUUUCGUGUCAUUUGUUUCAUGUAUUCGCUUCACCUUCAAUGAAAUAUAAUUGUUACUCACA